UUCUUUAACCUUCUUCCCUCGACCGACCGACCUAUAUGAAGGAGAGCCGUCGCCGCAAAUCAAAUAUCUCAUCGCUAACCUCAGAGCUCCUGCUAGAGAGAGAGAGAUGUCAGGCUUAGCAUGUAACUCGUGUAACAAGGAGUUCGAAGACGACUCUGACCAGAAGCUCCACUACAAGUCAGAAUGGCACCGUUACAAUCUCAAGCGCAAGAUCGCUGGUGUUCCUGGAGUUACAGAAGCUUUGUUUGAAGCUAGACAAACUGCGAUUGCUCAGCAGAAGAUCAAAUCCAACGAAGCACCUCUGCUUUACACCUGUGGAGUCUGUAAUAAAUCUUACAGAAGCUCCAAAGCUCAUGAGCAGCAUCUCAAGUCAAAGAGCCACGUUCUCAAGGCUUCAAGCAGCAGCGGAGAGGAGGAUAAAGCCAUCAUCAAGGAGCUUCCUCCUCCGAGACGUGUUGAGAAGAAGGGCCCUGCUAAGCUAAAGGGUUUGAUUGAGGAGGAGAGUGAAGAGAGUGAGGAUGAAUGGGUUGAGGUUGAUUCUGACGAGGACUUGGAGGGUGAAGAAGAUAUGGAUGAGGAUGAUGAUGAGGAGGGUUCUGGUGAAGAUAUGGAUGAGGAUGAUGAUAUGGAGUUUGAGUUGGACCCCACUAGCUGUUUGAUGUGUGAUAAGAAGCAUAAGACGAUAGAGAAGUGUAUGGUUCAUAUGCAUAAGUUCCAUGGUUUCUUCAUUCCUGACAUCGAGUACCUCAAGGAUCCUAAAGGGUUUCUAACCUACGUUGGUCUAAAGGUCAAGAGAGACUUCGUUUGUCUGUACUGCAACGAACUGCGCCAUCCAUUCACCAGUUUGGAAGCUGUUAGAAAGCACAUGGAAGCCAAGAGUCACUGCAAAGUGCAUUACGGUGAUGGUGGUGACGAAGAAGAUGCAGAGCUGGAAGAGUUCUAUGACUACAGCAGCAGUUACGCCAAUGAAGGGGAGAAUCAGAUGGUUGUGUCUGGUGAAACAGCUAAUACCGUAGAGCUAUUUGGUUGGUCUGAGCUUGUGAUCACCAAGAGAGGGGAGAACAACAAAGUAACGUCGAGGACUCUUGGGUCUCGAGAGUUCAUGCGCUACUACAAACAGAAGCCGCCACCAUCUUCUCAGAAACACAUUGUCAACUCUCUAGCCAACAGGUACAAGAGCAUGGGUUUGGCAACGGUGCAGUCGAAGGAGGAUAUAGUGAGGAUGAAGGUGAUGAGAGAGAUGAACAAGAGAGGAGCUAGGAGUCGUGUUAAGUUGGGAAUGAAGAGCAACGUCAUCAGGAAUCUGCCUAACAACGUCACGUACUAGUCUCUCCAAACUAGUGUGCUGUUUUGUUUCUGUAAACGCUUCUUUAUGGAACUUGUGUUGGUGGAGUGAAGUCUAGAACCUAAUAUGAGUUGAAGCUUUGUAUACUUUCGAAGGUCUCUUGAGGCCGAUUUUGUCCGAGUUUUGCAUCUCUUACACAGUACUUUAUUUCUAUUUUCUUAUUUUUUGACAACA